AUGGGACGGUUGAAGAGGCUGAGCUUCCUGUAUAUGAGACGAAUGAACCUGAUUGGACCCAUUCCCGAGUCAUUUGACAACCUGACUGUGUUGGAGAGGCUGGACAUGUGCCAAAACAACCUGACCGGCUCCAUGCCGGCGGGGAUCCUCAGGCUGCACAAUCUGAAAAUCUUGUAUCUCUACUACAACAACCUUACGGGCGAGAUACCCCGACAGAUACCGUCCACCCGUUUGGAGAAGAUAGACCUAAGCCAAAAUCUGCUGACCGGGACUCUGCCGCCGCAAGUCGCUAGGCCCGACAAUUUGACAGUUCUCUACCUCUUCACCAACAGAUUUUCAGGAGAGAUUCCGGCGGACUUGUUGUCGUUAAGGAAUCUGCAGACGUUGCUGCUUGGACACAAUUCCUUUUCCGGCAAGCUACCAAGCAUCUUGUCACCGUACCUCUCCCUGCUCGAGAUAGAGAAUAACAAUUUAUCCGGCGAGUUUCCGACUAAAUUGUCGGCCAACAUGAAUUUGCAAGUACUGGUGGCGAGCUGGAAUAGCUUCUCAGGAGAAAUCCCUACCAGAGUGACCCAAUUCCAGAACCUGAUCUAUUUGUGUCUAGACCACAUCAGAUUCUCUGGCCCGAUACCGUUGAACAUCGGCUCUUUCCGGUAUUUAUUUUACCUCGACCUCAGCACAAACCAGCUAACUGGAGACAUUCCCACGUCAUUCACCCAACUGCACUCCCUCUACAGCCUCGACCUAUCGGAUAACCAUCUCUCCGGCCUGAUACCACCGGAUCUGGGCAAUCUGAAACUUUCGAAGCUCAAUCUUUCCAACAAUGAUCUAACCAGCAAGGUCCCAGGCGCCCUUGACGGUCCGGCGUUUAAACGGAGCUUCCUCCACAACCCCGGGCUCUGUGCAUCCGACCCUUCUCUAAUCCAAACUCUUCGAUCGUGCUCUCCUCCUGGUGACAAAGCACAGACACUUCCGCCAGCUGUGCUCAUCGCCAUCCUGGUUGUCGUCGGGAUUCUCACCCUCUUAUCCAUCGGCUUCCCAGCAGCGCUCCUUCGCGCUUAUAUCCGUCAAAGACGUGACUUCAUCGACUACGCAUCCUGGAAACUUAUCUCGUUCCAGAUGCUCGGCUUCACGGAGGAAGACAUUCGACGAGGUCUAACAGAAAACCACCUCAUCGGGCAGGGCGGCAGUGGAAAGGGGUAG